AAUAAUUGCAGCCUCAGUUUAGCGGUGGCGUGGGGUCAAGAAACACGACCUUGGAGGCUUGGAUGAUUUAAUUAUUCGAUUUCAGGACUGGGGCGUGGACUCUCUAAAGAAGUCGGCAGAACCUCCGGUCAUGCGAAAUCACAUGCAAGUUUUCCCCAACCUAUACGCUCCUUUUUCUUGUCUGCAUGCAGUUAAUUUGCAUAAAGAGAGAUACCAUACCUGCUGUGUAUAUAUAUUACCUAAUAAGUGAGUGAUUAUUUUAAGCAUUUCUCUUUCCUCGUUCUCUAUCUUUUGCACUCCAAGUGUUUGAUGAAUUGCCUGAGAAGUGGUGAAGUAGCUGUGGUUUAAGCUUAUUAUAUGGAGGAUUAUGGCUUUACCUUUCAUAGCCGAAUCGGCGGCGUCGGCAAUCAUUGAGAAUCUCGUUAGCACUUGCUCAUCCUACCUCGAGGCGUGCCCGGCGGCCGGCGGCAUGCAGGACGAGCUUGAACGGCUGCAGCACGCCCUUCCGCAGGUCCAAGCAGUCUUGACUGCGGUCGAGGAGGGUGCGAUGGUCAUGGCGCAGAACAAGGCGCUGGAUACGUGGCUCUGGCAGCUCAGAGAUGCCGUGGAGUGCGCGGAGGACGUGCUCGACGAGCUGGAGUACUACGAGCUAGAGAAAACAGUACAAGAUCGAGAUAACGAGGUGCCUGGCAUUCUCUCUAAAUGUAGGAGAAAGUUUGACAGUUUCGUUAAUCGUAUCUUUAGCGAUGACACACUGAAGAGGUUGAGGGAGGCCGUCAAGGGGUUGGAUCGGGUCGUUGCCGGUAUGGGGCCACUCCUUCAACUUGUUACUGGGUUAUAUGGCCCUGGCGUUAAGCGUCGAAAGAUCGAGGAAGUCCGGAAUGCUCGCGAGACUAGCUCCUUGUUAACCGAAAGUGAGGUGCUCGGACGAGACGAGGAGAGGGACUUGAUAGUCGAAUGGUUGAUCAAACCGAGAGAUACCGAUGUCUCUGCUUUUACCAUUGUUGGUAUGGGUGGGUUCGGGAAGACUACCCUUGCUCAACUAGUUUAUAGCGACGAAAGAGUGCGAGAGUACUUCGACCCGAUUAUGUGGGUUUGCGUUUCUCAAGACUUUGAUGCAGCUGUGAUAACAAGAAAGAUGUUAGAAGGUGCAAGUAGUGAGAGUUUUGGCGACAAGAGUCUAAAUGCGCUCCAUUAUAUCCUUAAACAGAAAAUUUUGUCGAAGCGCUUUUUGCUCAUGCUAGAUGAUGUUUGGAAUGAUGAUAAUACGAUAGAGUGGGAGAAAUUAGUUGCUCCUUUGAAAUUUGGACAAAGAGGAAGCAAGAUCCUUUUGACAACUCGAAUGGGUUCAGUUGCAGAUAUGGUGGCAAAAGUGAUGCAAUGUAAAAAGGAAUCUUUAAAUCUAAAUGGGUUGAAGGAGAGCGAUUGUAUGUCGCUUUUCAAUAAGCACGCUUUUCUUGGUGUGAACCCUGAUGAUUAUAAAAACUUGCGACCGAUUGGCGAGCAGAUAGUGAAGAAGCUUGGCGGAUGCCCAUUGGCAAUAAAAGUUACGGGAGGGCUCCUGAACUCCUGCAUGGAUUAUGACUAUUGGAAAAGAAUCUUGAAAAAAGACAUUGUAGAAUUACAACAUAGAAAAGACGACAUCAUGACAAUUUUGAGAUUAAGCUAUGAUCACUUACCCACAAAUUUACAACUCUGCUUUAGAUAUUGUAGUAUAUUUCCGCAGGAUUUUAUGUUUAAGAGGAAAGAGUUGGUCUAUAUGUGGACGGGUUCAGGUCUGAUUCCGCAGUCUAUUUGUGGGACACGGAGGCCAGAAGAUAUAGGAAAGGAAUAUUUAGAUCUUCUGACAAGAAAAUCAUUCUUUACAUGCAAAGCCAGUGAGCGUGGAUUUGAAAUUCCUAAAUUUUAUGUUAUGCAUGAUCUGUUGCACGAACUAGCACAAUCUGUUUCUCUAGGGGAAUGCAUCAGAAUAGAAGGUGAUGUUGUAGGAAAAACUAUUCCACGAACAGUUCGACAUUUAUCUGUUGACAAGGUCAAUAUUCUUUCCAUAAGAGAGAUAUCCAAUCUUAAGAAAUUGCGCACUCUUGUCAUAUCUAUUAAGAAGAAUCAUGAUCAUAGUGCAGAUCAUGCACUUGUAUUUAACGAGGUUAUAAAAGGGUUUAAAAGCUUACGCUUAUUCAGCUUAUAUGUGAAUUUUGACUUUCAUAGACUGCUCGAUGCACUUUACUGGUUGAUACACCUCCGCUACUUAUCUCUUACCCUAUCGCUUCCGCUAGAGGCAGUUAUGAAUAAAAGUUUCAUGAAUUUGUUUCCUCAAUCUCUUUUUAGGCUUUAUCACCUAGUAGUCAUGAAGUUCUCGACCCCUGUUUUAAUGACUUCUAGGAAUAUUGAAUAUGACGGCUUGACUAACUUGGUCAAUUUGCGUUUGUUAGAUCUUCCUCGUGGUAUGAUAAAAAAUAUUCGUUAUGUUAGCAAACUAUCCUUCAUCCGCAAAUUGGAAUAUUUUUUUGUCCAAGAGGAGAGUGGUUACAAAAUCAGUGAACUAAAGAACCUAAGAGACCUUCGUCGUUUGAAUAUUAGAGAACUUGAAAAUGUGAGCACUUCUGAAGAAGCUACGGAGGCCAAGUUGAACGAGAAAGAAUAUCUCAAAUCAUUGUUAUUGGGAUGGUCCAGUGACCGCUGCCAUAGUGCAGAGGCCGAUGAGCAGCUGCUUGAUAACCUCUGUCCACAUAUCAAUGUCAGGAAAUUGUGUAUUGAAGAAUACAAAGGCAUUAAAUCUCCAUGUUGGAUGACAGAUUUGUAUCUCAUCAAUUUGACAUGCAUCCAACUGGUCAACUGUAAAGAAUGGGAGCACCUCCCACCUCUUGGGGGUUUGCCUUCGCUCAAUAUUAUUCGGUUGAAGGGAUUGGUCGCUGUAAAGCAAAUAGGUUGUUCAUUCUAUGGGUGCGGUGGUGUAUGUGCCUUUCCAUCGUUGAAGCAACUAUUCUUACUUGACAUGCCUAACUUGGAGGAGUGGAUUGGAAUAGCUGAUGGAUGCAUGUUUCCUCAGCUUCAUACUAUGGUAAUCCGUGACUGCCCUAAUUUGAGGGGAAUGCCUACUUUGCCUCGUAGCCUUAGACUGUUGCUUAUUUCUCAUGUUGGAUUGACUGCUCUUCCAGCAAUAAAUCAGGAUUGCAAAAAUGACAGUCAGCAAGAACAUGUUAUGGCUCUUGAAAGCUUAAUCAUCGAACAAUGUGAGAAGCUCAAUUAUUUUCCAACAGAAUUUUUUGGGAAUUUGAGCCUUGUAAAAUUCUUGAGUAUAGAAAAGUGCCCGAAGUUGACAAAAUGUGGGAUCACAGACAUCCAACCGCCUUCUGCACUCGAUAGACUCAUUAUUGGGUCAUGCGGCAACCUUGAGGUGGCAUUGCUCUGGUCAGCGAAUUUAACCUUUCUUACUUGUUUGGAUUUACUCGAUUGUGCAAGUAUAGCAUCCCUUCCCCCAGCACAAGUGUGUGUGCGAUGGACCAUGCUCUCCCAUUUAGCAAUAAAAAACUGCAAAGAACUAUCAUCAUUUGGUGGAAUACAAGCUCUCAUAUCCCUUCGUUCUUUAGAAAUUGAAGGGUGUGAUAAGCUAAUUGAAGUUUCCCUGCUGCAGCCUCCAUUUCCAAACAAUGUCAGCCAAAAGAAUCCAGUGGACUGCUUUCUGAAGCUUGGUAGACUAUCAAUUGACCAUCAUGCGCUCUUGCUCAUGGAGCCAAUAAGAAGUCUCACCUUCAUUAGCAGUUUGACCCUCUCUGGUGCUUCGCAACUCACCUCCUUACCUGAGGAAUGGAUACUGCAAAAUCACACUGCCCUCAAAUUUUUAAGCAUAAGGAAUGCAGUCUCCCUUCAGUCCCUAACCCAGAGCAUGACAAAACUGUGUUCUCUCGAGAAUUUGGGUGUAUAUAAUGCUAGUCUCAUCCGGUCACUUCCAGAUCUGCCUACUUCGCUGUGUACUCUAUGCAUCACCGGGUGUCACCCUGUGUUGAAGGAGCGAUGCCAAGAGAAUAUAGGCCUUGAUUGGCCCAAGAUUGCCAACAUCCGUUAUGUGAGGAUUGAAUAGCACUUGCAGAGGUGAUGAAGCAUAUUGUUUACUUCCCUUUUUUCUGGAUACUGCUCCUUUUUGGAUAACGCAAGAGCUAGCAGUCAGUAAUUUUUUUCCAGGGGAAAUUAGAGAAGCGCGACAAAGCAUUCGAGUUGUUUUAAGGUUGCAUCGACAUUUGGAGUAAAUUUGGUAGGUGUGCUCUGUCGAAAAGGCUCGGUCAGACUCUUUGUGAAAGGAAAACGAGGCUACACUACAGAAGGCACGAACUUAACAACCAUAUUCAGCAGCUACCAGAUUUUAAUCUCUUUAUCAAUUUUUUUGAAAAAAUAAAAUUUAAUUUUCUAAUGCCUUGAAGAUAGAAAAACACAUUCAGAAUUGAACCAUUUUGGCGGUUGUUGUUCAUGUUUCAGUUCAGUCUUCAAUCUAAGUUUGGUUUUGAUUCA